UUAUUAGCUUCUAAAAAGAAAGGUGGGAAAUUGUGGAAGAAAGAAUCAACACAACCACAACAGAGACAACUCCAUCUCUGUUUUCAUGUCUCUCUGAAGCUUUGCCUCUCUUUGUAGUAUCCAUCUUCCUUCUUGCUUCUCUCAAGCACCCAACACACAAAUUUCUCAACAAUCAAACCCUUUUUACCUUACAAUUUCUUUUCCAUUAAACCAAUACUUCUUUUUCCCAUUUUUUUAUGAUCUUUGAUUUCACCUUCUUUCAUAAUCUCUGCUCUGUUUUCUCCCUCUUUUCCCCACAAUGUUAGUUGCAAAUAGUUUCGAUUUGUGGAAGAAAGAUGGGUUCUUUUCUGCCGCUGAGCAGGUUCAAGAAUCUGCCGAUACGAUGGAGUUUGCAUAUAGGACUUGGAUUAGAGAGAGAAGAGAAGGGCUAAGUCCUGAUGAUUUGGACGAACUCCGUCGAGAGGUUCAAACGGCUCUUGGUACAGCCAAAUGGCAGCUGGAAGAGUUUGAGAAAGCUGUUAGAGUUAACUGUCGUUCCAGAAGUGAAGAACAUUUGUUGGAAAGACAUAGACUAUUUAUUGCAGCCAUUGGAAAUCAAAUUUCCCAUGUUGAAGCUGCUUUAAGAAAAUCUUAUGACAAAGAGGGCAGGCAGCCACUUCGAUGGGUAAAUCUAAAUGAGGAAGAAUGCAAUGAUUUGGCUACAUUCCUCUCUGGUGUAUCGGAAGUACCACAAAGUGCAAAAACUGAAUCAUCUUUGUGUAGGUCUUCAGCAAAAAGUUCUAUAUAUGAGAAUCAUGAACGAGUAGUGGCAGAUAUGAAUCCUACUUCUACUUGUAGUUUGAGUAAUUCCUCUAAAAUGAAGGGCAAUAAAUAUGUUGAUGCUGUAGAUAUAGACUCAUCGAAAGUCAAAGAUCUGGAAGUGAAAGAAAAUUUUGGAAGAGUAGAUGAUGCACUAUGCAAAAUGGAUAGAUCAACAAAGGUAAGGAGAGCAAGUCCACCAACUGUUCCUGACCUGCAAAUUGUAAUUGUGGAUGAAAAUCAAGAGAGAAAACAGUCUAUUACAAGUUUGGAAGUUUCAAGAAAAGGAAAAUCGGGACCAGUCUUCUGGAAACGCGGAUGUGGAAAAUUUUCUCAGCUUUUUGGUAGGGUUCAGCAGCGACAAAUGUACAGACCCUGGCAUCUUCAGCUUGCAUGUUCUGUUCAAUUUACUCUUGCUUUGAUGUUGACUAUAUUCUUGAUCGGUGAGUUUCUAAUUUUUCUCCAAGUUGUUUGGCAUUCUAGUUUUAUAACUUUACAAAAUUUGGAUUUGUAUUUGAAACAUGUUAUUUAUGUCUAGAGAAUCUUUACUCCAAGAAAUUACAUGGUUUUAUAUUUACGUUCUUUCUGAUUAGUUGAUAAAUUUGGGGAGAUCUUAUUGAGUUAUUGUCUAAUGCUUGACUAUAAUCCUCUUAUAGUGGGAAUGCCGUGUGACUUUCAGAAUAUUGAUAUGUAAUUCAUUAAUCUCAUCACGGGAACUCAAACUUUUUUUUUUUGGGACAGAACUUUUGGUUGAAUUAAUGAAAAAGAGAUUAAUGCUCAAAGUUACAAACACCCAGAGGAGUGUAACAAAAAGAAAAUCUGAUUACCAAAAGUAGAUAGAAAUGAUUACUAAAGACCAUAUGGAAGCGUCAAAUUCAAAUUAAUAUCCUUUAGAGAGGAACAGUAAAAAUGAUGAGAUAGAGUACACCAAAGAGAUGGUUUGAAAUGAGCUGAUUCUAAAUGGUCUGCCCACAAACAACAUUUAUCGAUUCCAUAUAAAUCAUCUAAUUUCUUUGCAGCCAUAAUUCAAAAAUCAAUGCCCUUUCAAGGUCAAAAGAGGUCAUUUAAUCUACUAUUUCCAAAGUCAAGUUUCUUUGUUCUCAUUUAAUAAUAAAAAAAUGUAGGAGCAAGGUAAAGGAUGGGCCCUGUUUCUAAUAUUUGUUUAGGAAAUGAUAAGGGUAUGGGGAAGUGAUAUCUUUUAGAGUUCUAAACAUUCUAUUCUUGGAUAAAAGGUUGCAUCGAUGGGUGAAUUUUCCAACAUUUUUAUUUUUUAAUGGAA